GUACUUACCGCUAAGAAGCAGACGUAAAAUAAAUUCGGCUCAAUAAUGGCAGAUAAAAAGACAGGUGGUGGCAACAAUGACGGUAAGGAAAAACGUCGCAAGGAAUCCAUUUUGGAUUUGUCCAAAUAUCUAGAAAAACAAAUUCGCGUGAAGUUUGCCGGUGGCCGAGAAGCUUCCGGCAUAUUGAAAGGAUAUGAUGCACUGCUGAAUCUCGUCCUGGACAGCACUGUAGAGUAUCUACGCGACGCGGAUGAGCCCUACAAGCUAGCGGAGGACUCUACCCGCAGCCUGGGACUCGUGGUGUGCCGCGGAACUGCGUUAGUUCUUAUUUGUCCACAAGACGGUGUCGAGAGCAUCGCAAAUCCAUUCAUAACGCAAUAGGUUAAGAUAAAACAUGUUUUUGUACAAACUACAAAUUGUUUAUAAACUCGGUUUUCAAUACAUGUAUAAAUUAAUGGAGAUAUCAUAAAUUAAAUCUUAAAUAUACCUAAUAUUCAGUCCAGACCAAA